UUAUUGUAGGCUGGGCACGGCCCUGCUAUGUUAUAAAAACUUAAGUGUGCGCCAUAUUUCUUCCUGGUUGGUGAACAUUUACAAUGUCAUGGCGAGAAACAAGAUGACCUGUAUUUGGAUAUGUGUUAUGCUAUUCUGUGUAUGUGCGACUAAGGAAACGUUAUCUCCUUGGAUAAACUUUACCUUCGAUUCACUGCAAGAUGACUAUAAAAUCACUGAGAAAAUGCCCUGGUGGGACGCAGCCAACUUUGGAUGUGAUUUCGAAAAAGGGAUUCUUCUACCGCACAACAACAUUCCGCAAAAACUGAAAAGUAAAAUGAAAGCAUGGAAAAAAUACUGGGUUGGUGCUCUGGAGGUAUAUACACCUUGGAAGUGGACAGAGGACAAAUCUUCCAUUUUCUUGGCCAUUGGAUCACUGAAUGUUUCAGGUUACGAAGAUACCCUUAACAUAAUCAAUGCCAAUGACCCGUAUUUGUGUCAUAAACUGUGCUCGAAUGGAAAUGUCGGUUUGCAGGGCAGGUAUUGUUAUUGUUUGAGGCACAAGAUUACUCCUUCGGUUACCCACUCAGGAAAUAUUAGAUGUCCCGGAUCAUUUGAUCAGUACUGUGGUGAUGAGAACUCCAUGACAGUUUAUGACGUAGAUGCACCUCAAAAUUUAACAUUUGAUCACCAUAAUCAACCUACAUGUGGAUAUUUGUACACCGAAACUGAUGACAAUGAUUAUAUUUACAAGUUGACAUUUACUAGAAACUGUGAAAACAAGUUCUAUUAUGCUUGUCCAAAAACUGCACUGGACAGCAAUAAUCGUGAAUGUGACCACAACGUGUGUAUAUCGACGAACAAAGCCACAUGGAGACAUGCUAUGAAUACAUGCAAAAACAAACUAUUUAAAUUAACGACCGAUGUUAUGAAACACUUACAGACAGUGAUUUCUAAUAGUAAUGGUUGGAACUGGUGGUCCAACACUAAACUAUACUGGAUUGGUCUUACGCGAAACAGGAAGUGUAAAUGGAUAAAUGGUACUGAUUUUGCGAAAGACUUACUGUACUACUCUGAACGCCCGUCUAUACAAGAAUGUAUUGCUGUGUACAGGACAUAUUCAGGACACCUGCGCUUUAUACCAAAACAAUGUUCAACAGAACUGAGAGCCUUUUGUCAGCUAU